UGCAGAACACUGUCUGCUAUUAUUUCAGUGUGUUGCUCUGACGUUUCUAUAAUAUUACAGGAAUUAAACACAACCACAGUCUGGUUCUCAGCCUGAUGCUCGGAGCUUUUACUGCAUUAUUGAUUCCCUGUGGCCACUGAAGGGGGAGUAUCCCGGGCUUGGGGGAGUGACCAACCCGGGAUUUCCAAAAUAACAAACGCAAUAACGUCAGAGAGAGAGAGAGAGAGACAGAGAGAGAGGGAGAGAGAGAGAGAGAGACCGCAGUCAGAUAGUCGGGGUACCCUCCAGUUUGAGCUCGGUGUCGGGGCAGGCUGCUGGAUCACUGCUCAUCUCACCUCAGGGUGGAAACGGACGGAGAGCAGCCACGAGCACAAGCCGCAGCGGCAGCAACAUGAACCGGUCAGCGCGUCAGGAGAGCCCCGCUUGGAGCCCCUGCAGGAGGCAGGAGCACCGAGGCGGCCAGUCACACAGCCUGGAUGCUGCUCAGCACCGACUGGGGUCCAGGACCAGGGACAGCCGCGCGGGGUCCGGCCCCACGCACCACCAAACAGCCCGCAGCAAGCGGCACCUGGAGGGGGUCCUGAAGAAAUACACGAACCUGUUCCAGGGCUGGCAGAGCAGAUAUUUUGUCCUGGACCCAGAACUGGGUCAGCUCCAGUAUUAUCUAAAUGAACUGAGUAAAAGCCAGCGACCUCCCCGAGGGUCUCUGCCUCUCCUUGGAGCGAUGGUGGUCUCCAGUGAUGAGUUUCCCUUCAUGUUCACUUUUCAGUCCACCACUGGGGAUUCCUACAAACUGAGAGCACUGGACGCCAAGGAGCAAGAGUUAUGGAUGACUCAGCUACAGCUGUGUUCCCGACGCCACUCAGACAGCAAUGCUGAGGUGAUGAGCCAGGCUGAGGGGCAGCAGAAGAACCCCGUCACCUCCAUUGAGACCUUACCCCCCCGCGGUGGACCCCUCUUUUCUCUUGAUGAGGACCUCCUCCUGUUAAAGGCCACCUCUGCAGCCACCCUGAGCUGCCUGGGGGAGUGCCUCAGUAUGCUGCAGAGCAAUGUUGUUCAGGCCCUCAACCAGAACCAGAACCAGAACCACAUCCCUUGUCCCAGCCUCAGAGAAGGUUCAGCUGGUUCGAAUGAGGCUCCCCCCGCAGAGAGAGUCAAGUCGUGGGGUCAGCGCCGCGGCUCCGGUGUGAACCAGGUGGAGCCCGGUGGCCUCGGGUCCCGCAGUCAGAGCCCGACUCACAGCUUUAGUGAGAGCCGGAGUCCCAACCACAGCAGCCUCAUUGGAAGACCAGGAAGUGGCCACAAACACACCCAGGACCAGAACCAGAGUCAAGGCUGUGCACCUACAGCAGACAGCUCCACUGGUUGGUCCAGACCUCCGUCUGAGAAACAGGUGAAGCUACAAACACCUCAGUCCUCCUCUACCUGCCUGCCCUCUACUCAGACACACCAGGACCUGGACCUCGGCUCUGAGCAGGGACAGCAGCAGGGCCAGACCAGCAGCCCAGACUCCCUAGAUCACAACGACGAGAACACAGACUCAGAGGACAAUGAGGAGGAGGACCUUGGAGUCCUGGAUGACCAGCGAAGCAUCAUCAUUCACCUACUGUCCCAGCUCAAACUGGGCAUGGACCUGACACGGGUGGUUCUCCCCACCUUCAUCCUGGAGAAGCGUUCCCUACUAGAGAUGUACGCCAACUUCAUGGCUCACCCCGACAUGUUCCUGUCCAUCACCUCCGGCUGCACGCCAGAGGAGCGGAUCAUUCGCUUUGUGGAGUACUACCUGACUGCCUUUCAUGAGGGCCGGAAGGGUGCUGUGGCCAAGAAGCCCUAUAACCCCAUCCUGGGAGAGAACUUCCACUGCUCCUGGUACGUGCCCCGCGACCGCGUUCGACCUCUCAGGACUACCAACUGCUCUGGUCCCAACUCAGCACCCACAGCCACAUCAAACCCUCCCAGGUCCUCACAGCGGGGGGUGGACGGCAGCAGAAGGAACUCGGACUGCUAUUGUGUUCGCUUUGUGGCAGAGCAGGUGUCCCACCACCCUCCGGUAUCAGGCUUCUACUGUGAGUGCAAGGAGAAGGGAAUGUGUGUCAACACCCACAUCUGGACCAAGAGCAAGUUCAUGGGCAUGUCCGUUGGAGUCUCUAUGGUCGGAGAAGGUGUGCUGUAUUUGCUGGAGCACGACGAGGAGUAUGUGUUCACUCUGCCCUGUGCCUACGCCCGCUCCAUCCUGACCGUGCCGUGGGUGGAACUCGGGGGAAAGGUCACCAUCAACUGUGCCAAGAGUGGGUACUCUGCCACCGUCACCUUCCACACCAAACCCUUCUACGGAGGAAAAGUACACAGAGUGACAGCAGAGGUGAAACACACACACACAGGAAACAUAGUGUGUAAGGCCCAGGGAGAGUGGAACGGCGUCCUGGAGUUCACCUACAACAACGGAGAGAACAAGGUGAUCGACACGUCCAGGCUGCCUGUCAUCAAGAAGAAGAUCCGGCCCCUGGAGAAGCAGGACCAGUACGAGUCGCGGCGUCUCUGGCAGCACGUUACAGCAUCUCUGAAGUCUGGGAACAUGGACGCAGCCACAGAGCACAAACACUGUCUGGAGGAGAGGCAGCGCAGCGAGGGCAAACAGAGAGCGGCCGCCAGAGUCCCCUGGAAACCCAAAUACUUUAUGAAAGAGGGUGAAGGCUGGGUAUACCACAACCCUUUGUGGAAAGCUCAAUGACCAGGAGCCAUGGAAGCAGCAGUCCACUCCCAGACAACGAAGUAGGACGAUCAGGACCAGGGACUGGCUGAGAGACAUGGAGACAGAGAGAGAGAGGAAGAAACAGAGAGAGGGAGGAAGGGAGAGAGAGAGAGAGACUCUCUGUGUGCCGGAAGAAGAGGUGCCAAAGGCUUCCAGUGGAAAAUGGACACACUAACAGUCUCUAUCCAAUCAGAGACCUGUUUGUUGAGCAGUGAGGUGAGGCAGAUUUGACACAGCCACCUUUAAGAAUACAGUAGGUGACAGUAGAUAACAGUACUCACACACAGUGACAGCGGGUCUUAGUCACUGCCUCUCACUUUUCAGCUGUUUGCACAAUUAAACUAAACAAGUGUCACAACAGAUUUGCACAAUUCACUGUACAAUAGAUACGAUGAGCCACAACAUGGUGAAGUGAUUAUCUCUGGUAUAUAUCUGUCAGUGAGUGAACAGCUGAUUCUCAUAGUCCACAUGUUGUAAAGACGAGGGGCCAGUUGCACAAAACACCUUAAGUUUUCUACUAGUUGAGUAAAUAUGACACUUAAGGUUGAGUUUCUCCUCAGCUGAGGUUGUUGCACAGAAUAAGGAAAAACAUUAAGGCGUUUGCAGAAAUUAAAGAGAUUUUACAGCGGUAAAAUUCUACAGUUUCCAUGGAGACCGUUGGUUUGCUGGCAUUAGCACUCGUGAUACCUGUUAACUUCUCACCUAUAUUGUCUCACAAAAUUGGCCAGAAGAAAGAAAUGUCUUUAAAAAAAAAUGACAUUAAAGAAGUGGCCGCUCUGUCAUCCUCCUCUUGUUGUGAUGGAAACUCCACCGCAGUGUUCAGCAGACGGUCAGAGCACCUGACACUCUGUAAAUGACACAGCACACUGUUGAUCAAUGGACAUGAAAUACUUCACCAAUAAUGGACUGGAAACACCCCGAAGAAUAAAGCACAGAGCAAUCAUUAACUGCAGAGGAGCUGGAAGAGCACAGCCUCUGAAAGUGCACUGAUCCAAAUCAUAAACUGACUGCUGAUCAAAUCUAUUAAUCAAAAUCAAUUCCUCGUUGUUGAGGGUGAACAUCAGGUUCUUUUCAUCUAUCAUCAUAAAGUCAGCCAUGUUGCAGUUAAGAUACAGUCAGAGGUACCUUAAGGUUUUUUCCUUAGUUUGGUUGCUAAAAGCUAAACUGAUUUUAAAUUAUUCCUUAAGUUUAAGACUAAGAUAAGGAGAAAACCUUAAAUACUUAAGUGAAAAUUAUAAGGAAACCUUGAAGAGAAGACUUAAGUGUGUUUUGUGCAACAGUUUUUGUUUUAAGGAAAUCUUAAUUUGGACUUUAAGGAAAAUCUUAACUUAAGGUGUCUGUGCAACCGGUCCCUGAGACACCAGAGUGUUACAGCCAGACCACUGGGUCAGUGCAGUUACAUGGGGGGGGGGCCUAGGUAGCAGUGUGCGGACCUAAUGACAGUGGUCCCAUGAGGGACAAACCAAGAACUGAGACAGGGUGUUGGGGAAUGAUCUGUGGUGGCUGUACCUCAGGAUCUGCUGCUGACGUCUUGGUGCCAGACUCCACUGGGACCUUCAGAGGUCUGGAGAGUCCACAAAGGACCAGCAGCAUAUAGGACAGGGGGGGGGGGGGGGUCACUGCUCAGGUGUGAGCAGUGUAUAGUCAGACAGAUGUCAUGUGAAGGUGAAACUGAUGUAAACUUCAUACAACAGAGGAGGCUUUUAUCUGAGCUCAUCCUUCAUGUUCAUUCAGGGAAGGCUCCACACUCAGAGCACACACAUCACUCUCACUAUAAUUCAUCCUCAUCUAAUAAAACAGUGGCUGCAGAGCACGUUCAGCUGUGUCCACAUUCAACCAGCUGAGGAUCUGCUGCACUUUGAUCCUGAAGAUGGAAACAGGUUUUAGCUUUAAAGGGUCAGUUCACUCGAAUCACUGCAGAGGAACGUCUCUCCCCUCCCUCCACUGCCGUCUCUUCAUGCAGAUACUUGUGUUUUUCUGUGUCCAGGUGAUCAGAUAUGUGCCUCUGAAAUCUCUGCCUCCAUCCAAAUUCAACAACGUGAAUUCAUUUUUCUCUGCUAACAGCACGGUAUCGUAUUACAAAUUAUAUUUAAAAUGUCAGCAACAGAAUACACAGUGAGCAGUGUUCCAGGGAAUUGUUCCUUUAGAGAACAAAUCCUGUCAGUUGUCUUUAGUUAUAGUUAAGGCUUGUUUUACACUCUAACUAGACAUGCAACAUGGUUACCAUCAUGGUUACCAUUAUCACUGACUGUAAGCGGGAAACUCCAUUUAUUUUAUUGUAUUUACUAUAUUUAUUGGAGCUGACUUUUUACAUUCAAACAUGGUUCAGAUCAAUAAGUAAAUCCAGCUAUCUGAUAUAAUAAAUGAAAGUGUUAGCUUUGCUUGACUUCAGGUUUCCCUGUUUAUUCAGCCUCUUACUUUGAAUCCUGUGGUCAUUAUAGAUGAGUGAUCGAAGGAAUUUUUUUCCAUUCAUAUUUGAAUGUGCAAUCCGGCCACAGUUCCAUCUCUGGUUUCCAGGUCUCAGGUCUGAUUUGGCCGACUUCUGAUCUUCAGCAUCUCCAGCUCUAAAACUAUUUUUUUCUGUUCUCAGUCUGUGGUAGAAGAAAUCUUAUCACUGAAGUCUUUUUUUUUUUUUUAAACCCAUCAAUCAGAGUCACACUGGAGCCAACAUCUUUUAUUCUAAUUCAUAUUCACUGGGGAUGUUUUAGUAGAAAGUUCUGCAGCAUCAUCAUGUACUUUAGACCAGACACACCCAAACACCUUGUCCUCCAUCUGAACAUAUACCCAACAAACCUAUGCAACACUUGACUGUAGACAGUAGUU